UCUGCCCCAUGGCCCAGCAGAGAGAGGGACAGCUGUCUGUGUUCACCCAACAGCUCCAGAUAGCCAAGGAGCUGGACCUGCCUGUAUACCCUGACCUGGUGGCCCCAUGUGUUGGAGUCCAUCCUAUCCAGGGAUGGGGGACCACAGAACAGCGUAGCACCACAGUCCAGAAAGACAAGCUUAUCAAGCAGAUUCCUCUGGAACACAUCUGCCUGGAGACUGACUCCCCUGCUCUGGGAUUCGACAAACAGAUGAGGAAUGAGCCUUGUCCGUUUGUCAGGUGAAUACAUAGCCCAGGUGAAGGGCCCGGUGCCUCAGACUGUCCAGCAGGCCCCGUCACACAACGCUCUCAUGCUCUUCCAGAAGAUCAGGACCCACACUCAAAAG